AUGCCCCCAUCAUCCACCACCCGCCCCGUCUCCGACCUCAGCGACUUCGAACGUCGCAUCCUCGACUUCGCAACGGGCCCUCAACCCACCCAUUCCGAAGGCGAGCUAUGGAGCUUCUCCCCCUCCGCCAGCAACGUCCGGCUAGAAUCCGCCACGCAAGGCCCCCCCGCGCGCGUCUCCUACCUCCUCACCGUCCUGCCGCAACACUGCAACUUCAUGGGAAGCCUGCACGGCGGGUGCGCUGCUACCAUUAUUGAUGUUCUAUCCUCAAUGUUGGUGCUGGGCCUGAGCUCUCCGGGGCGGUAUUCGCUGGGCGGGGUGAGUCGCAAUCUGAAGUUGACGUAUCUGCGGCCCGUGCCGGUGGGGAGUGAGAUCCGGCUUUCUACAGGUAGUUGA